GAGCUGGACCAGACUUGGCAACACUGUCCACCCGUGCCAUGCGUGGGUUGUUGCGUACUGCGAGUGAUGCAAGUGACGUAGAGAAAUAUGCAACCCUUUUGGUGAAGUUUUUGUCAGAGUAUCGCUGGUUGACGGACGCUUAUGUGCUCGACUACUUUGUGGAAAAUCACUGGCAGAAGCUACCUUCAUCUUGGCAAAACGUCCUGAAAGACAUUGAACUUGAUUAUCUCUCCCAGUUGCUCGAAACUGCAAGCCAUUUCAGGCCACGAGCAAUAUGGCCCUUGUCUCUACUGUGCACCAUAAGAGUUGCCAAACUUUCAGCUCUGACCAGGAAGCCAGUUUCAUCACCAGAUGAAAUUCCAGAAUUCUCUACCAAACAUUGUGCAAGGCCACUACAUGAAAGCAACGACAGGCUAGGCUCAUUUGAGCCCAGCGAGAAUUUGAGCCAUGCCUUUCGAAAGCAUGUAAAACCCAAGAAACAGCACGAGAUAUCAAGACUCGGAAAGAUUGUGCAUCUGCUGUCAUGCAAGUCAAACAGCAAGCACGUUUUAGACGUAGGGGCUGGCCAUGGUCACCUGGCGAGACUGCUGGCUUUGGGCUACGGCCUCAAAGUUUCCACAGUCGAUGUUGUAGGAAGCCAUCAGAGUGCAGCUAACCGGUUUGAUGAUCAGGCAGCACUUCACGUACAAAAGGCAGACAGGCGUGUUGGAAUCACGAGUCAUCCUUCAACCAGCACCAUUUCGGGAGAGCUACCGAAACAUUUCACCCUGGAGCUCUCAAAGGCAACUACAAGGGCAGAUUUAGAACAGUUUACCCGAAGUUCUUGGAGCCACAGAGGAGAAGAUCAUCCGUUUGUACUCGUAGGAUUGCAUUCGUGCGGGGACCUCGGACCGUCUAUACUUCGUCUCUUUGCACAGGUGCCAACAUGCCGCGCAGUGGCACUAGUCGGAUGCUGUUACAUGAAGAUGACAGACGAUGGGGGAAAACCACGAGUACGAGAGGCCAUUAGAAAGCCAGCGAAGCUCGUACAAACAGCGGUGAGGCCCUUGAGCAGGUUUGUCGUACAAGCAUCCCCGGAGGGUCUGUCUUACGAAGCGAGAGAAGUGGCGUGUCACGCAUUGGAAGCCUACAUUAAAAAGCUCAGAGACGACCCAUCGUCACUGAAAAUUCACUGCUACAGAGCACUACUGGAAAAAGUCAUCGUGAAGCGUUACCCGGACUACAGGCACGUACCAUUAGGGGGAGUGAAACAUGCUGCCAACAUGACCUUCUCAGAGUAUGCGGAGAAGGCCCUGGAGAAAUUUCCUCUACAAGUUUGUGACAUUCAAGUGGAUAACCCUGUCCUAGAAGAAGCUAUGAAAGAUUGGAAGAAGGUCAUCACUUUUUACUCUUUGCGUCUGUUGCUGGCUCCUGCGAUUGAAUCUCUCAUCCUCACCGAUAGGAUGCUUUACUUGUGGGAACAAGGUAUAUCGAGCUGUCUGGUGCCACUCUUCGACCCGAGCCUUUCCCCAAGAAACCACGUACUUCUGGCUAUUAAGCAAUGACGAUGGAAAUUUAUAGGAAUUAUGUCAGAUUUUCACCAUUCCACGUAAUAAAUAUCAUUUUAUGAAAGUGA